UUUAUUAAAAUAUACAAUUUCAGAGACCCAAGAGUCCAAGACCAAGAGGGGUCAGCAAAUUUCUCUCUCUCUUUUUAUAUAUAUAUAGAAGAAGAAGUGGACAUAGACCUUUGUCGCCAAGCUUAACCAUUAGAUCCAUUUCAAAGCUAAGCGUACUAAUUAGUGUACUAAGGGUAGUGUGACUCAUCAUUACCAUCUUAAGUUGUUUCAACUUUCUUCUAUUUUCUUGGCAAAGAGUUAUAGUGGGAAAUAAAGAGAGGCUAAAAGGAGUGAUUAAAGAAUUAAUUAGUUAAAUUAAGGGAAAUCAAGAUCAUCAUAAUGGUGAGGCCUCCUUGUUGUGACAAAGGAGGAGUGAAGAAAGGGCCUUGGACUCCUGAAGAAGAUAUCAUUUUAGUUACUUACAUCCAAGAACAUGGUCCUGGUAAUUGGAGAGCUGUUCCUACCAAUACUGGGUUGCUUAGAUGCAGCAAGAGUUGUAGACUUAGAUGGACAAACUAUUUAAGGCCAGGAAUCAAAAGAGGCAAUUUCACUGAACAUGAAGAAAAGAUGAUUGUUCAUCUUCAAGCCCUCUUAGGAAAUAGAUGGGCUGCAAUUGCGUCAUAUCUUCCACAAAGGACAGAUAAUGACAUUAAGAACUAUUGGAACACUCAUUUGAAGAAGAAACUCAACAAAGUCAAUCAAGAUUCUCAUCAAGAACUUGACCAUUCCUCGCUCUCAUCUUCACCGUCGUCUUCUUCCGCUAAUUCCAACUCAAACAUCUCAAGAGGCCAAUGGGAGAGACGACUUCAAACCGAUAUCCACUUGGCGAAAAAGGCUCUCUCUGAGGCUUUAUCUCCUGCUGUUGCACCAAUCAUCACAUCUACAGUGACAACAACAUCCUCUUCAGCUGAAUCAAGACGCUCUACUUCCUCAGCUUCCGGGUUUCUUAGGACGCAAGAAACAUCUACAACUUAUGCCUCAAGCACCGAGAAUAUCGCAAAAUUGCUCAAAGGGUGGGUGAAAAACUCGCCAAAGACUCAAAACUCCGCGGAUCAAGUCGCUUCUACAAACUCUGAGGUAAAGGAAGGGAUCAAGAGUGAUGAUAGGAAGGAUUGUGCAGGGACAUUUCAGUCAUUUUCUGAGUUUGAUCACUCAUAUCAACAGGCUGGAUUUUCACCUGAUCAUGAGACCAAACCAGACAUAACUGGAUGCUGCAGUAACCAAAGUCAAUGGUCUUUGUUUGAGAAGUGGUUGUUUGAGGAUUCUGGUGGACAGAUUGGUGAUAUUCUAUUGGAUGAAAACACUAAUUUCUUCUGAAGAGUUUGCUUAAUCACAUGGUUCUAAUUUUAGGAUCCUCGUCUCUACUAUUUUUUUUUUUUUUUUCCAAAUUAACAUGCUUAGAUUAUCGUGAGAUAAAUCAUUAAUAAUUUUAUUUAUUUUCCCUCGUUAAUUACAAUUAAUGAUGGGGUUGUUUUAUAUAUAUGGCCCUGUGAAUUCUGAAGGGGCCUGAUAUAUAUGUCCGCCCAAUGAUUUUAGUAUUGGUGUAAAAUUCUAUAUCUAUUUUUUAUUUAUUAAAAUGUUACUAUUGUUUGAUU